UGAGGACGCCCGUGAUUGGCCAAGGGCUCUGGAGGCGAUCUCCAACAGUGGCGCGGAGUUCUCUAGUCCAGCAGUGGCUGGAGCUGGGUGGGCGGCAUGGCUAGCGUCCAUGGGGAGGCGGGUGGGGACGCGGGGCAAGAGGGUAUUGCUGCUGCCGGACCUUUCACCUUCAGCCCGGAGCCCACGCUGGAGGACAUCCGGCGCCUCCAUGCUGAGUUUGCUGCUGAAAGAGACUGGGACCAGUUUCACCAACCUCGGAACCUCCUCCUGGCCUUGGUGGGGGAAGUAGGGGAGCUGGCAGAACUUUUUCAGUGGAAGCCUGAUGGAGAGCCAGGCCCCCAAGCCUGGUCACCCAAGGAACGGGCAGCCCUUCAAGAGGAGCUUAGUGACGUCCUCAUCUACCUGGUGGCAUUAGCAGCCCGCUGCCGUGUGGACUUACCCCAAGCAGUGCUCUCCAAAAUGGACACCAAUCGGAAACGCUACCCUGCCCAUCUGGCCCGGGGCUCCUCACGCAAGUACACAGACUUGCCCCGUGGGGCCACCUCUGAAGACCAGGUUGUGGGGCCCGCAGACCGUGAGUCUGUGGGUCAGGCCUCCACCUAGAAACAUGGGCACAGACCCUACAACUCUGCGUGGCAUGAAGAGCAGUGGAUGGUAGCCAUGGAACCUUGUUCUAGUCCUUUCCUAGUAGGUCAUGGGCCUGAGGACCCCACUUCCUGAGGUCUGGGGCUCGAGAGUCUCCAUAAGAUAGUUUCUUGGUAUUUUCUCUCCUAAUAAAACAGUUUUGGGCAACACAA